AUGAGUAAUCAGGGAGAAAACUAUUUGAAUACCUUAGUUAAUCUUAUUAAUAAUCCAACUACAAUAACAGAUUAAAAUCAAAUAAAAGAAUUAGUUGAAAAACUUAAUAGAUAAAAUAUAAACCUAAUUUAUGAUGGAAAAGUAUAUUGUUAACUUUCAGGAGAGACAAUAGGAACUUAAAAAAAGGUUGAACUUAAACUUCCUGAUAAUCAAACUUUUAUUAUAAUAUAAGAAAAGUUAAAAAAGUUGAUAACAGACUAUUGUUUUAUCAAUGGAAGAUUUGAUCCAUUUUAUUCAAUUAUAUAUGGAGUUUAGUUUCUUUUGGAAUCUCAAAAGGGAUUAGUAUUUACUGAUCCUAUUAAUAUUGAAAUUACAGAUGAUGUACUUAAAUUAGCAUUUGAAGAUUAAAUAGAAUAAAUAAAAGAAGAGUAUUUAAAUAAAAUUAUAAAAUUUUAGUACUAAAAAACUUUAUGAAGAAAAUCAAAGAAACAUAGAGGAUUUUGCUAAAAGUCUACCACUAAAAUGUCAUAAAACAUAGAAAGAAUUUCAUAUAAUAAAUGAUGGAUUUAAUAUUCAAAGUAUUUGGUUUAGUUUAGAAGGAGCAUUAAAAAUGUUAGAAGAGGAUAAAGAAAAACUAUUUAUUCAUCAAUGUGAAUUUUUGAAUGAUUAUAAGAAAACAAUGAAAAUUUGA